UCCUGCAGUGCAUGGCGGCGGUCGCAUAAACCUUGUGCUCCGCUGCAGCCCAGGCCUAACAGCGGCUACACAGCAUUGAUCCUGAGCAUAUCGCUACAGCAAUUGUGCCCACCGGUACCUGAACUAUCGGGGCACCUGAUGAUGACCCGGAGGCGAGGGAAAAAGAGCCCACUGAAGCUCACGGCGUUCUUUCCUGCUGCAGAGGCCUCACAAGAUGGCGCGGCUCAGUGCGGGUCAGCGUCUCCGGCUACUGGAAGUGCCUCACCAGCGUCUUCAUCCUCUCCGACGGGCUGCGCCCUGGAGGCUUCUCCUUCAACUCCUCCAAUUCUCCUGACAGGCUGGUCACCCUCGGUGCAGCAGGACCCGCAGGUACCGUUUUCCCCGAUCUCCUCCAAGCCACUGGGAGCGGGGACACUGCAUACUAGAGGCCCGGGAGGCCCUGAUGGGAGCUCUCCGUCGGCGCCCCUAACUGAACCUAUUAUGAGGGGGCUUCUUGCUGAGUUACACACCUCCAUUCAGGGCGACAUUAAGGCAGCCGUGUCCAAUAUACAGCAUGAGAUCUCCUCUCUUGGACACCGCACAUCGCACAUUGAGAACAAGAUGGCGGAACUCACCUCUUCUCAUAAUGAAGUGGUGGACUUAGCUAAUGGCCUGGAGGAUGAGGUUGCCGCUCUUCAACUUAAGAUAGCUGAUAUGGAGGACAGGUCUCGCCGAAACAAUCUAAGGGCUUCCACCCUAGAUUUGCUCAUGGACAGAGUCCACAGGCUUCCUAAGCCCAAAACCCUACCUGCUACUACACCGAGGGAUGUGAUUCUGCGCCUUCACUUUUACCAUAUUAAGGAGCAAUUAAUGUUGGUGGCGCGCUCCUCACCCUCCCUACCAGAGGAGUAUUCGGGACUCCAACUUUUCACAGAUCUUUCUGCUGCCACUCUAGCCAGGAGACGUGAGUUCAGUGCGGGGACUAAAGCUCUCAGAGAAAAAGGGAUCCCUUAUAAAUGGGGAUUCCCUGUGAAAUUGAUUAUCACCAAUAAGGGGUCCAAACAUGUGGUCUCUUCCCCGGAGACCCUUCUGCAACUGUGUGCGGAAUGGAACUUGCCUGUUGAUCUAACUGCUCAGAGGUCCCUGGACAUACCGCAUGCUGCUAAGAUAGCUGAAGAAUGGAAAGUUGUCUCCCACCGCAAGAAGAAAAUCAAGACAUGA